CAGGCUCUGCUUGAAGCAGCAGAACUGAAGCAAGGCCAGCAUGGGCAACUUGAAGAGCGUGGGCCAGGAGCCUGGGCCGCCCUGCGGCCUGGGGCUGGGGCUGGGCCUUGGGCUGUGCGGCAAGCAGGGCCCAGCCCCCCCAGCACCUGAGCCCAGCCGGGCACCAGCACCUGCACCCCAGCCUGCACCAGACCACAGCCCCCCGCUCACCCGGGCCCCAGAGGGGCCCAAGUUCCCCCGUGUGAAGAACUGGGAGGUGGGCAGCAUCACCUACGACACCCUGAGCGCCCAGGCACAGCAGGAUGGGCCCUGCACCCCACGACGCUGCCUGGGCUCCCUAGUAUUUCCAAGGAAACUGCAGAGCCGGCCCUCCCAGGCCCCUCCAGCUGCUGAGCAGCUGCUGAGCCAGGCCAGGGACUUCAUCAACCAGUACUACAGCUCCAUCAAGCGGAGUGGUUCCCAGGCCCAUGAGCAACGGCUUCAGGAGGUGGACGCUGAGGUGGUGGCCACAGGCACCUACCAGCUUCGGGAGAGUGAGCUGGUGUUCGGGGCCAAGCAGGCCUGGCGCAACGCUCCACGCUGUGUGGGUCGGAUCCAGUGGGGGAAGCUGCAGGUGUUCGAUGCCCGGGACUGCAGCUCUGCGCAGGAAAUGUUCACCUACAUCUGCAGUCACGUCAAGUACGCCACCAACCGGGGAAACCUUCGCUCGGCCAUCACAGUGUUCCCCCAGCGCAGCCCCGGCCGUGGGGACUUCCGAAUCUGGAACAGCCAACUGGUGCGCUACGCGGGCUACCGGCAGCAGGACGGCUCCGUGCGGGGGGACCCAGCCAACGUGGAGAUCACCGAGCUCUGCGUCCAGCAUGGCUGGACCCCCGGAAACGGCCGCUUCGAUGUACUGCCCCUGCUGAUCCAGGCCCCAGAUGAGCCCCCAGAACUCUUUGCCCUGCCCCCUGAGCUGGUCCUCGAGGUGCCCUUGGAGCACCCCACGCUGGAGUGGUUCGCGGCCCUGGGCCUGCGCUGGUAUGCCCUCCCAGCGGUGUCCAACAUGCUUCUGGAAAUUGGGGGCUUAGAGUUCCCUGCAGCCCCUUUCAGUGGCUGGUACAUGAGCACUGAGAUCGGCACGCGGAACCUGUGUGACCCUCACCGCUACAACAUCCUGGAGGAUGUGGCCGUCUGCAUGGACCUGGAUACCCGGACGACCUCUUCCCUGUGGAAAGACAAGGCAGCAGUGGAAAUCAACUUGGCUGUCCUGCACAGUUACCAGCUGGCCAAAGUGACCAUUGUGGAUCACCAUGCUGCCACAGCCUCCUUUAUGAAGCACCUGGAGAAUGAGCAGAAGGCGAGGGGGGGCUGCCCUGCUGACUGGGCCUGGAUCGUGCCCCCCAUCUCGGGCAGCCUCACCCCCGUCUUCCAUCAAGAGAUGGUCAACUAUAUCCUGUCCCCUACAUUUCGCUACCAGCCAGACCCCUGGAAGGGGAAUGCAGCCAAGGGUGCCGGCAUCACCAGGAAGAAGACCUUUAAGGAGGUGGCCAAUGCAGUGAAGAUCUCUGCCUCACUCAUGGGCACCGUGAUGGCAAAGCGAGUGAAGGCAACGAUCCUGUAUGGCUCCGAGACCGGCAGGGCCCAGAGCUACGCACAGCAGCUGGGGAGGCUCUUCCGGAAGGCUUUCGACCCCCGGGUCCUGUGCAUGGAUGAGUAUGACGUGGUGUCCCUCGAGCAUGAGACGCUGGUGUUGGUGGUGACCAGCACAUUUGGGAAUGGGGAUCCCCCAGAGAAUGGAGAGAGUUUUGCAGCGGCCCUGAUGGAGAUGUCAGGCCCCUACAACAGCUCCCCUCGGCCAGAACAGCACAAGAGUUACAAAAUCCGCUUCAACAGCGUCUCCUGCUCAGACCCACUGGUGUCCUCCUGGCGGCGGAAGAGAAAGGAGUCCAGUAACACAGACAGCGCAGGGGCACUGGGUACCCUCAGGUUCUGUGUGUUCGGCCUGGGCUCCCGGGCGUAUCCCCACUUCUGCGCCUUUGCUCGGGCGGUGGACACACGGCUGGAAGAGCUGGGCGGGGAGCGACUACUGCAGCUGGGCCAGGGUGACGAGCUGUGUGGCCAGGAGGAGGCCUUCCGCGGCUGGGCCCAGGCCGCCUUCCAGGCCUCCUGUGAAACUUUCUGUGUGGGCGAAGAUGCCAAGGCUGCCGCCCAGGACAUCUUCAGCCCCAGACGGAGCUGGAAGCGCCAGAGGUACCGGCUGAGUGCCCAGGCUGAAGGCCUCCAGCUGCUGCCAGGCCUGACCCAUGUGCAUAGGAGGAAGAUGUUCCAGGCUACAGUCCUCUCCGUGGAAAACCUGCAAAGCAGCAAGUCCACUCGAGCCACGAUUCUGGUGCGCCUGAACACUGGAGGCCAAGAGGGGCUCCAGUACCAGCCAGGGGACCACAUAGGCGUCUGCCCGCCCAACCGGCCAGGCCUCGUGGAGGCACUGCUGAGCCGCGUGGAGGAUCCACCUCCACCAGGAGAGCCCGUGGCAGUGGAACAGCUGGAGAAGGGCAGCCCUGGUGGCCCUCCCCCCAACUGGGUGCGGGACCCCCGGCUGCCCCCAUGCACGCUGCGCCAGGCUCUCACCUUCUUCCUGGACAUCACUUCCCCGCCCAGCCCUCAACUCCUUCGACUGCUCAGCACCCUGGCCGAAGAGUCCAGUGAACAGCAGGAGCUGGAGACCCUCAGCCAGGACCCCCGGCGCUAUGAGGAGUGGAAGUGGUUCCGCUGCCCCACGCUGCUGGAAGUGCUGGAGCAGUUUCCGUCGGUGGCGCUCCCUGCUCCCCUGCUCCUCACCCAGCUGCCCCUGCUCCAGCCCCGGUACUACUCUGUCAGCUCAGCACCCAGCGCCCACCCAGGAGAGAUCCACCUCACAGUAGCCGUGCUGGCAUACAGGACCCAGGAUGGGCUGGGCCCCCUGCACUAUGGAGUGUGCUCAACAUGGCUAAGCCAACUCAAGCCAGGAGACCCUGUACCCUGCUUCAUCCGAGGGGCUCCCUCCUUCCGGCUGCCGCCUGAUCCCAGCUUGCCCUGCAUCCUCGUGGGCCCUGGUACUGGCAUCGCCCCCUUUCGGGGAUUUUGGCAGGAGCGGCUGCAUGACAUUGACAGCAAAGGACUGCAGCCCGCCCCCAUGACCUUGGUGUUCGGAUGCCGAUGCUCCCAACUCGACCACCUUUACCGCGACGAAGUGCAGGAUGCCCAGCAGCGCGGGGUGUUUGGUCGCGUCCUCACAGCCUUCUCCCGGGAACCCAACAGUCCUAAGACCUACGUGCAGGACCUCCUGCGGACAGAGCUGGCAACUGAGGUGCACCGCGUGCUGUGCCUCGAGCGCGGCCACUUGUUUGUCUGCGGCGAUGUCACCAUGGCAACAAGCGUCCUGCAGACGGUACAGCGUAUCCUGGCGACGGAGGGCGACAUGGAGCUAGACGAGGCCGGUGACGUCAUCGGCGUGCUGCGGGAUCAGCAACGCUAUCACGAGGACAUUUUCGGGCUCACGCUGCGCACCCAGGAGGUGACAAGCCGCAUACGCACCCAGAGCUUUUCCCUGCAGGAGCGUCAUCUGCGGGGCGCAGUACCCUGGGCAUUCGAUCCUCCCGGCCCAGACACCCCGAGCCCCUGA